UUGUGCCUGAUGCCACUCCGUUACAUCGCAGUGGCGUCUUUUGCGUUUAAUGACUCGUAGCUUUUUGAGAAAGCAUCGUGUUUUCUGUGGCGCUUACUACUGAGAGGUGUCCACUUUCCCGACAGCACGUGAAGGCACCGGCAGGAUCAUCUGUUGGACAGGGAAACUCACUAGGAGCCAAGUGAAGACUUUUCAGUGUCGCUAGCGCUCAGGCUAGCAGCUUGAAACUCAGCCGUCCACACACAUGAGACUUUCUCAAAUAUAUAUAUAUAAAGUGCAAAGUCGUAUCUGCACGACAAAAAACAUGCGAGCGAGGUUUUAGGAGCAGUUUUAUUUGUUGCGCCCCAAAGUGAGAAGGCGGACAGGACAGCCGCUUGCCAGCUGAAGCUUGCGGCUAGCUCGUCAACGUUAGCCGGGGGAGAGCGGAGCGGAGCGGGGUGAAAAUGGAGCUGGACGACGUGGUCCUGUACCAGGACGACUCUGGCGGCUCUGCCAUGAUGUCCGAGCGGGUGUCCGGCUUGGCCAGCUCCAUCUACCGCGAGUUCGAGCGGCUCAUCGAGAGGUACGGCGAGGACGUGGUGAAGGAGCUGAUGCCGCUGGUCGUCGCCGUGCUGGAGAACUUGGACUCGGUGUUCGCUGUCAACCAGGAGCAAGAAGUGGAGCUGGAGCUGCUGAAGGAGGACAACGAGCAGCUGGUCACCCAGUACGAGCGAGAGAAGGCUCUGAGGAAACACGCCGAGGAGAGGUACAUUGUCCUCGAAGAUUCUCAGGACGGUGAGAAGAAAGACCUCCAGCGUCAACUGGUGAAAUUGGAGUCUCACACUCGUCAACUAGAGUUAAAGGCUAAAAACUAUGCAGACCAGAUUAGCAGACUCGAUGAAAGAGAUGCAGAGCUAAAAAAGGAGUUUAACACCCUUCAUCAGAGACACACUGAGAUGAUUCACAGCUACAUGGAGCACCUGGAGCGGACGAAACACCAACAUGCCGUGACACCAGCAGAGCCCACAGAUACAGGCACAGUCAUAUCAAGCAGGUCACGGAAGGAGCGUCCAGUCUCCAUGGGCAUAUUCCAACUUCCUGGGACUGAAGGUAUGACCCCUGACCUCCAGAGGGUACCUGUGGACACCCCAUCUGAACCAUGGAGAUAUAACAACCUCAGCAACCCACGUUCCAACACUAGCCUUAAGGAUGAAUUGACCAGUUCGAACCGCAGAGGCUCCAAAACCAGUUCUCCAAACAACCAAUCAAACGUCUCCAAAAGUGGAGCUCUAGUGUCUUCUCAAGCUGGAGGAUCUUCUCAGGACGGUACCUCUAAAUCGAAUACCCCCACAUCCUCACGCACACUAUUUCCUCAUGAUGGCGCGUCCACCGGCUCCAGUCCCAUAUCAAGUCAUGCGGGUGGAUGUACUUCUGCUACGCCUGUGUCUACCACUGCUUCAGAUAUGGCCAAGGAGUCUGUGGACACUCCUCUGCAGGAACAGGAGGCUUCAGACAGGCUCAACAGGAACCUGGACAGGAGCGGUGGAAAGCCAGAGAGCAAUAAGAACAUUGCAGCGGUGCAGGAAGGGCAGCAGGGUCAGCGUGGACAUGACAGUCAGGAGUCUGCUUCUACUGUGUUCGAAAGUGAAGAUGGAGCAGACAACCUGGAGAAGUCUGAGGUGCAGGCGAUCAUAGAAUCCACUCCUGAACUGGAAAUGGAUCUUGAUGGCUGUAUAGGAACAAGCACACCAGUUAAAGGCGGCAUAGAGAAUCUAGCGUUUGACCGGAACACUGAGUCUCUGUUUGAGGAGCUGUCGUCUGCAGGAAACGACCUGAUAGCAGACAUGGACGAAGGCGCUGACCUACUGGGUAUGGGUCGGGAAGUCGAACAUCUCAUCCAUGAGAACACCCAGCUGCUGGAGACCAAAAACGCUUUGAAUGUGGUGAAAAAUGACCUGAUCGCUCGCCUGGAUGAACUGUCCUGUGAGAAGGAGGUUCUUCAGGGAGAGCUGGAUGCUGUCACUCAGGCCAAAACCAACCUGGAGGAGAAGAACAAAGAAUUAGAGGAAGAACUCAAGAAGUUUCGAGCAGAGCUGGAAGAUUCCAAACAGAAAGUCAAGAAUGAGAAUGAGGAUGAUAGUGAUGUGCCUACAGCGCAGAGGAAGCGCUUCACCAGGGUGGAGAUGGCCAGGGUCCUGAUGGAGAGGAACCAGUACAAGGAGAGACUGAUGGAGCUGCAGGAGGCAGUCAGAUGGACAGAGAUGAUCAGGGCUUCAAAGGAUAAUCCAGCUCUUCCGGAGAAGAAGAAAUCCAGCCUCUGGCAGUUUUUCAGCCGUUUGUUCAGCUCGUCGGGCGGAGCAGCCAAGAAGCCGGCGACGGAGGCGCCAGUGAACAUCAAGUACAACGCGCCCACCGCUCAGAUUCAGCCGUCCGUCAAGAAGAGGAGUACCACCCUGCAGCAGCUGCCCAAUGACAAGAGCAAAGCCUUUGAUUUUCUCAAUGAGGAAGUGGCAGCUGAUAACGUGGUGUCCAGGCGAGAGCAGAAGAGAGCACAGUACCAGCAGGUCAAAGCUCACGUCCAAAAGGAAGACGGCAGAGUGCAGGCGUACGGCUGGAGCCUGCCGAAGAAGCACAAAGCAAAUGGAGGUCAGGCAGAGAGUAAGAUGAAGAAUCUGCCUGUUCCUGUGUUCCUCAGACCACUGGAUGAGAAAGAUGCUUCUGUGAAGCUGUGGUGUGCUGCCGGUGUGAAUCUCUCUGGAGGUAAAACCAGAGACGGAGGGUCGAUCGUAGGAGCCAGUGUGUUCUACAGUGAUGUGCCUGGACCUGAGAGCCCUAAAAAGAAGAUUGGGUGUCAGAGUAGCCUGGACAAACUGGAUCAAGACAUCAAGGAGCAACAGAUGGAGCUGAGGCAGCAGGACGAAUUAUCCUCGCUGGUGUGGAUCUGUACCAGCACCCAGUCCACCACUAAAGCUGUUGUCAUUGAUGCCAACCAGCCUGGAAACAUCCUGGAGAGCUUCUUUGUUUGUGACUCCCAUGUCCUCUGCAUCACCAGCGUUCCAGGUGCAAGAGAGACUGACUACCCAGCUGGUGAGGAAGUACCUCCAAACUCUGAGGCAGGACCAGUGGAAGAUGGCGGCUCAACAGCAACCAACAGCAUCUCAACAGGGGAAGAAGGCGUGCUCGGAGGCAUCACUGUCGUGGGCUGUGAAGCUGAAGGAUCAGUCGCUAUUCCCCAGACCGCAGAUGGUCCUGGGAAAGAUGGAGGAACUGAAGAACAAGCCACAGAGGCGACUGAGGCCAGCGCAGGGCUCUCUGACCACAGAGAAACCCUGAGGGGUGUCUACACCGAGCACGUCUUCACUGAUCCACUGGGAGCUAAGCCCACACCAGAGGCUCCAGCCAACUACACUCAGAGGGAGAGUGAUCUGUUGAAAGAUGGUGUGAGUUCAAACCCCACAGCUGAGGAGCAGGACCUGAUGAGAGAGGAGGCUCAGAAGAUGAGUAGCGUCCUGCCCACCAUGUGGUUGGGGGCACAGAAUGGAUUCGUGUACGUUCACUCCUCUGUGGCCCAGUGGAAGAAGUGUCUCCAUUCCAUAAAGCUAAAGGACGCUGUGCUCGGAAUAGUACAUGUGAAAGGGCGUGUUCUGGUCGGCCUCUCUGAUGGCACUUUAGCCAUAUUCCACAGAGGAGUAGAUGGACAGUGGGACCUGACAAACUACCACCUGAUUGACAUGGGGAGACCGCACCACUCCAUCCGCUGUAUGACUGUCGUACACGACAAGGUGUGGUGUGGCUACAGGAACAAGAUCUAUGUGGUGCAGCCCAAAGCCAUGAAGAUCGAGAAGUCAUUUGACGCCCACCCUCGUGCGGACAGUCAGGUACGACUGCUGGCCUGGGACGGUGAUGGGAUCUGGGUGUCCAUCAGGCUGGACUCCACUCUCAGGCUGUUCCACGCUCACACCUACCAACACCUCCAGGAUGUCGACAUCGAGCCCUACGUCAGCAAGAUGCUGGGGACGGGGAAACUUGGCUUCUCAUUCGUGCGAAUCACAGCUCUCACUGUGUCAUGUAAUCGUCUGUGGAUGGGCACUGGAAACGGAGUCAUCAUCUCCAUCCCUCUAACAGAAUCAGCCACCACGGCAGCGAAGGCAGCAGGUAACCAUCCAGGAAGUGUGGUCCGCGUCUACGGCGACGACAGCGGAGACAAAGUGACAGCAGGGACGUUUGUCCCAUACUGCUCCAUGGCUCAGGCUCAGCUCUGUUUCCACGGUCACCGGGAUGCUGUCAAGUUCUUCACUGCUGUUCCUGGUCACGCAAUUCCAUCUGCCUCCUGUGGAGGAGAAGCAGGAGGUGACAGGGCAACAGAUGCCUCAUCUCAGGAAGGAACCAAGUCUAUGUUGGUGAUGAGCGGAGGAGAAGGUUACAUAGACUUUAGAAUGGGUGACGAGGAGGGCGAGGCAGAGGAAGGAGACGAUGCCCCAAUGAAACUGCAGCCCUUACUGGCCAAAGCCGAGCGCAGCCACCUUAUCGUGUGGCAGGUUCUGGGGAACGAGGACUGAAGUCUGACCUUUGACUGAAGUCUGACCUUUGACCCCCAUGCCCAAUUUGCCUUUUUCUUCUCAAACCUGCAGCCACAGAGGAGGCGUUCAGGGGAGCGACCGCCCUCUACAGCCGCGGGUUUAAUCAGCACUUUUGUCCUUCUCAUCAAACCUGAACAAUAAGCGUGAAACAAGCAAAAACUGCUCUGAGAGCUUUUUCUCUUUGUUAACUGUAGUGGAGCAGUGUUAAAUCAAACUGCAUGUUAUUGUUUUAUUUCUUGUCUUCUUGUUUUUAUUUUUAUUUUAAAGAUUUGAAUAUCAAUCUGUUGUCUUUUAUUAUUAUUUGAGGUAAAGCUGUUGCUGACUACUCAACCAAUACUUUCCUUUAGUUACAUUUGAUCAGCAUAUACACCCAGGCUCCCUUCACCCAGCCCUGUUACUGUAUGCUGAUGCUAAAUCAGUUGUUUAAAUCAAAAGAUAAUCACCUGUGACUUCCCCUGUUGAUAAUGUAAGACUCGGGCUGUCUUGUGUGGGAGCCAAUCAUGUUGUUUUUUUUGGCGAACCUCUGAUCAAAUUUCAUUUUAAUUUGUUUUUGUUCCUUUGAGUCCAGAUAUUUAAUCAAUCGUCAGUUCUCUUUAGUUCUCAGGAUUAGUUUAAGUCAAAUGCAACAUGUCACAUUUCAUCUGGUUAGUGGUGAGCAGGAGGUUAAUGUCUCUCAUGGAUUAACAGUCCAUUCGAUUGCAGAGCAUUGCAUGGUUUUUAUGACAGAUAUGUACAAUCUCAAAAUCAAUUCCCCUGACUUCACUUAGCGCCAUCGUCAGGUCAAAAAGUAGAUUUAUCAAGUAUUUCAGUUCAUGCUCAUGGACAGACAAACCGCAAUGGAAACAUAACCUCAUUGAAAGAGCCAACUAGAAUUACUAGUAACUAGAUUUAAUUUCAUUCAAAUCUGUCCGUUAUUUCUUGAGAAAUUCACAAAAAUUAUGACAAAUGUCCUUGCCGUGUUAAGAUUUUUUUUUUAAAUGCUAAACAUUGUAAACAUUGACAUGAAAACAUUGUCAAUGAUAGCAUGCUAGCAGCUUCGCACAGGCAUUAGCUGUAAACUCUUAUUCAGACAUCACCAGAAUUUUAUUUUCCAGGAAAUCCGAUGCUCUGUGUCUUGAAUGAAAUGAUAAAACAUGAGGAACACUCACUGGUGUUACAGUAUUGGUAGCAGUUACUGUUUUAACUCCAGCUGCAUCUGGAUCAUACUGUUAACCAGUACAUACUCCAAUCCCCAGUUCAUAUAGGAUACUAUUUAAUCCAGUACUAAACAUGAGGAUGCUAUCAACCCUCUGCUUUGCGUCUGCCCGUCAACUCCAGUUAGCGGACUCUAUCAAAUCGGCCUUAGGUGUGGAGCUUUGAAAGCACUGAGAUUACAGGCUUCUUCAGGUGGGACAGAGAAUUUAUUUUUGAUGAAAUAAUAUUACGUUCGCUACCAAAGCUUAAAGAACCAGAGAUCGACAGUUUGCUGAAGCAAUAACCGUGUCCACCUGUCUGCAGUGUCCCUGUAGAUAACAUGAGAGAUUGUUUUGUAACUGAAUUCCCAGUGUAGAGAUGAGAUAUAUUUUUAGACUUUUCUUAUUUGGAAAUUGAAAUAUUUUGCGGGAGUGAGGGAAGAGAAUGUGUUGGACCUGUUACUAUGAGAGAAUAAAACAAGCCGUCACACUGAGCGUUACACAACCUCCCCUCUAUUCCUCAUCUCUGCAUUCAAGAGGUAAAAUCUCAAAUGUUGACAGUUUGCCCCUCUCUGUUUGAUGACAAUGUUUGUUUUAAUGUCUCAGUGAUAUCCCCUCCUAAUAGCAAACCGAUGAUUUCAGAAAAUGUUUUAAUUCUAUUUUUAUGUUCCAAUUUUGUUUUUGUAUCUAAUAAGUCUGUCCUCUCUGAGAGUACAAUGCACAAGCUGUUUGUUUGAGACUGUUUUAUGGCCUCUGUGUACCAGUACACUGCACUGGUAUGUUGUUUUGUUUUGUCCUCUUUGCAUUGAACAAUAUCAGCGAGGCCUGUCCUCGUCGUUUGAGUGUGUGAGAGAAAGAGAGAGAGAGAGAGUGUGUGUGUGUGUGUCUGUCUUCUCUCCAAGAGAGGAGGGAAAAUAUUAUGUUUAGCCAUUUCAGUAUUUAUUUACAAUGAUUGAGCCUUUGCAAUUCAGAAUGUAUCUUUGUACAUUGAAUAUGAAUAUAUAUAUAUAUAUAUAUAUAUGAUUAUAUAUGUAUUAACCAUGAAAAUGGUUUGAGUUGAUUGUCUAGACAACAGUUGUCGCUGUUGGAAUGAGGAGUUUGUUUUGUUGGGGGUAACUUACGCAGCUAGGCACUGUGACCGUGCAGCCUGUCCACACUGACAGAAUCUGUUUCGGUGUCUCCAAUGCAGGACAAACAAACCAAACUGAAUCCCCCCCCCCCCCCCGUCACACCACGCAGGUGUCGUCCCUCCCACCCGCUCAUGCUCGCCUGUGUCUCGCCAGGUGCUCCCCCUGUUCUUACUCAGCAGUACGAACACCAUCUCGUACGUCUGCAGCAUCUCUAGCCUUGCUUAUUUUUAACAUUUAAUUAAAGCAAAUUUUGUUGGCAAA